AUGAUCACGUCCCACAUGAACGGUUAUGUGCAAGAGGGCUCUGGCCAGGCCGCCAACCACAGGGAACGGGCGGUGGACUGUCCCGGCGAUGAGAGCUGCCUCGUCAAACCCGUGCACUGCAGCGCCCAGAUGGAGAGAAUUCAGCACUAUCAGGAGGAGCUGAGGAGGAGGAGAGAAGAGGACAGCCGGGGGAAGCACGACAUCGACCCCAACGCUUCACUGAGGCUCAAGAAGCUGGCGCAGAACCCCAAAGUGGGCGUUGACAAUCCCACCUUCGAGGGGAGGGAAAACACCACCAAAGAUGCACAUUCCCAGGCCCCGCUUGCUGAGCUGGAGGACCUGCUGCAGGCUGUAAAGUGGGUGCAGCAAUGCUUGAGUGACGCUCAGAGCCAGCAGGAUGCAGAGCUGCUGCUCCAGCUGCUGGCAAAGGAUGACUUCAAGUGCGCAUACAACAUCUACACUGUUGUGUCCCAAAAGAUGAACAGAGUGAACCCCACCUCGCCCCUCACUGUACAAGCGCAAGAACUUUGCCUAGAGGUCCAAAAGAUCCUCCAGUCCAGCCAACAGAGGGAAGGCUUGGAGCUCAGCGCUCUACUAACCAAUCCUCAUCUCCAGGCGCUGAUGCAGGCACAUGACAGCUUAGCAGUUCAGGAAAUAUCAGAAGACACUGUGAUCCAGUAUUUUGGAGAAACUGUGAAAAUGGUGCGGCUGCAUAAAACCCGUGAUACUCCACUGGGUGCGACCGUACGUAAUGACAUGGAUAGUGUUGUGGUGAGUCGAGUAGUGAAAGGCGGGACCGCGGAGCGAAGCGGCCUGCUCAAUGAGGGGGACGAGAUCCUGGAGAUCAAUGGCUUUUCAGUUCGUGGGAAGCACGUCAAUGAAGUUCACGACUUACUGCAACAAAUGCACGGCACUUUGACCUUCCUCCUCAUCCCAAGCUCUCAGAUUAAACCUGCCCAACACAGACAGACUGUGAUGCACGUACGAGCUUACUUUGACUACGACCCCUCGGAUGACCCUUUCGUGCCAUGUAGGGAGCUUGGCCUGUCUUUCCAGAAAGGGGAUAUUCUCCAUGUCAUCAGCCAGGACGACCCCAACUGGUGGCAGGCUUACAGGGACGGUGACGAGGAAAACCAGUUACUGGCUGGACUCAUUCCAGGGAAGUGCUUCCAGCAACAGCGAGAGACCUUGAAGCGAACUAUGCCAGACAGGAGUAGAGAACAACAACAAGGGAAGCGUUGGUAUGUGAAGAAAAACAAGAAACAGAAAAAGAAAAGUUUUGAUCAAUCUAAUUCUAGUAUUGACCUUGACUCCAUCUCCUCAGAAUGCGAUGACGUCCUGACCUACGAAGAAAUGUCUCUCUACCACCAACCCGCCAACCGCAAACGUCCCAUCGCUCUCAUCGCUCCGACAAACAGCGGCCACGACGAGCUGCGCCGCAGGCUGCUCUCAAUCGAACCAGACAAGUUUGCAGUCGCCGUCCCACACACAACCAGAAGCCCGAGGAUACAUGAACGAAACGGGCGCGAGUAUCACUUCGUGAGCCGACAAGGCUUCGAGGCCGACCUUUCAGCGGGGAAGUUCAUAGAGUCUGGGGAAUACGAGAAGAACCUGUAUGGGACCAGCACGGAUUCUGUGCGACAUGUGGUCAACUCUGGACGCAUCUGUUUGCUCUGUCUGCACACCAGGUCGUUGAAGGUGCUAAGGUCAUCCAACCUUAAGCCUUUCGUCAUCUUCAUUGCUCCUCCUUCUCAAGAACGACUGCGCACCCUGCUGGCUACUGAGGGAAAAACACCCAAGCCCGAGGACCUAAAGGAGGUCAUCGAGAAGGCUCGUGAGAUGGAGCAGGACUUCGGCCACGUUUUCGAUGCCACCAUCGUGAACUCCGAGCCAACCGAGGCUUUCUACGAACUGCGCAAGCUCAUCGAGAAGCUGGAUACUGAACCACAGUGGGUGCCCACCUCCUGGCUCUGCUAA